AUGCAAGAAAUUGCACAGUAUCUUUCGGGUUCACUGGAAGGACCGUUCGCGCGGAACCAAGGUGACCCGAGUCUAUGGUCGAGGGUGCGGAUCGCUACUAGGCGUCAAUCUAGUCAGUUUGGCCUGUCGUGGGAAUGGUGUGCUGCUAAUGAGGAGCUCGCAUUAAAAUGCAAGGAUGCUGAGGGGCGUUAUGUUUCAAUUGGCCCUAGUUCUAGAUCUCAAGUAAUUUGGCGCCUAAGAAAGGCGGCCCAGCAAUUUCACUACGAGUCGCUUACGAUGAAGAAGAACCAGGGGAAGGUAUGGCAGGUCACGGCUCGUAAUCGUGAGAGCAAUCUCUGUUUGCGGGAUGGUGAAUAUAUUCGUUUCGCAGAGUGGCGCUUUAUCCAUCGUGCGCGCCUUGACGUCUUACCUCUUAACGGGGCAAUUCGUUGGGGGCAGCGAGAUAAACGUUGCAGAGUGUGCGGAUAUAGCCUGGAAUCCCUCCCUCAUGUCCUGAAUCAUUGUAUGACGCACUCCGCGGCAUAUCAAUUGAGGUAUUACUCCAUACUCAACAGGAUAUCACAGGCCUCGAGGGCGGCGGGAGAGACGCGAGUCAACAAGCGCGUUCAGGGAGUUGACGGGGAUCUGGCACGUCUCAGACCUGACAUUGUCGUUAGGAACGAACGGGCCAAGUCGGUGCUCAUUGUCGAUGUCACUGUAGCUUUUGAGAACCAGUGCGUAGCCUUCGAUGAUGCGCGUCAAACCAAGAUUGAUACGUAUCAUGAGCUCGCUACUGCAUUAAAGGCGCAGGGGUAUCAGGUGCGUACUGACGCGAUCGUUGUCGGCUCUCUAGGUGGAUGGGACCCUAACAAUGAGGAGGUUCUGAGGGCACUUAGUAUCUCACUAUACUAUGCUCGUCUGAUGAGACGACUUAUUGUGUCGGAGACCAUUCGCUGGGCGCGAGAUAUAUAUGUGCAGCAUGUGUCUGGUCAAAGACAGUAUGCUGGUACCGUGGCGCCAAACGAGGAUGUUUCGUGCGUCCGCCCUGACACGGACCUGACCUUUGGACCACUGUCGUCCUUCUUAACGCCUCCACCAUUGCGAUCGCCGCCACUGCAAAUUUGA